GUGAAGAAAAUCUUAAAAACAAAGAAAGCAAAAGGGAGGUAAAGCACAAACACACAACACACUCUCGCGCAAAGCGCGAAUGAUCUCAUCUCAGCGCGCGAGAGACCCCACCAUCCUCAGCUGCGUGUUGCGGUGUGUCUCACUUGAAUAGAUUCCCUCGUGCAGGUGAGGCGAGAACCGUCGUCGCCUCGUGUUCCGAGUUUUGUGCCCGCUUUUGGUGAACGGUGGUGUUUGAAUAGAAGUUGGAAAUCGUGUGGAAGUAAAUUAAAAAGGCGUGCUUACCGUGGAAUUAGAAGCAUUCACGAUCGCAGUACGCUUUGCGCCAGUAUCGUUGUCCCACACUGUGUCGGCCUAUAGAGAGACGGUUGCUCUUACGGUUGGAUGAUUCCGGCUGGAAACUGCGAAGAAACAUAACGACAACGCCGGCGUACAUAAACAGACCCCAUCUAAGCAGCCCGAUCGAGUGAUCGGAAUCGCGGUGCAGAACGCGCGCGUGCGCAUCGAUCUUUCGACGAUCCGCAAGGGGCGCAUCAUAAGCAGCAACCACCCAGGGAACGAGAGAUAACCGGCAAAUUGCAUCAUCACCAUCAGCUUCAGCAACUGCAACAGCAGCAAAAUGCCUGUGUUUCACACGAAAACGAUCGAAAGCAUCUUGGAGCCAGUGGCCCAGCAGGUCUCCCGGCUGGUCAUACUCCACGAAGAGGCGGAAGAUGGCAACGCAAUGCCCGAUCUGGGCAAACCAGUGCAAGCGGUAUCAGUGGCGGUGACGAACCUUGUGCGCGUCGGACGUGAAACGAUACAGAACUCGGACGACGACAUACUGAAGCAGGAUAUGCCCGCGUCGCUAACGCGCGUGGAAACGGCUGCACAGCUCCUGGAGGAAGCAUCGCUCAUGCUGCGGUCCGAUCCAUUCUCCGGCCCGGCGCGCAAGAAGCUGAUCGAGGGUUCGCGCGGCAUCCUGCAGGGCACGUCCUCGCUGCUGCUGUGCUUCGACGAGUCCGAGGUACGCAAGAUCGUGCGUGAGUGCAAGCGCGUGCUCGACUAUCUGGCCGUGUCGGAGGUGAUCGAUUCGAUGGAGGAUCUGGUGCAAUUUUUGAAGGAUCUGUCCCCGUGUCUGAGCAAGGUAACGGCGCAGGUGGGUGCGCGCGAGAAGGAGCUGACGCACCAGGUGCACAGCGAGAUUCUGGUGCGCUGUCUGGAGCAGCUGAAGAUCCUGGCACCGAUCCUGAUCUGCAGCAUGAAGGUGUACAUCCUGAUCGCGGAGCAGAGCGGCAAGGGUUCGGAGGAGGCGGCCGAAAACAGGAACUAUCUUGCUUCGCGCAUGAGCGAGGAGCUGCAGGAAAUCAUUCGCGUGCUGCAGCUCACCACGUACGACGAGGACCAGAGCGAGCUGGACAAUCUGACCGUGCUGAAGAAGAUACAGAACGCGAUCCGCAACAAGCUGGAGGCGGCCAACGAGUGGCUGCGCAACCCGUACGCGCUGCGCGGUGGCGUGGGCGAGAAGGCACUGCGCCAGAUCGUGGAGAAUGGGUUGAAGGUGGCCGAUCGCUGCCUGCCGCAGGACUCGCACAUUCUGCGCAAACUGGCCGGUGACAUAACGGCCAUGACCAACACGCUGUGCGAUCUGCGCCAGGAGGGCAAGGGCACGACGCCGCAUGCGGACAACAUUGCGCGCGACAUUCGCGAUAAGCUGGGCAGCUUGGAUCAGUCGGUGCUGAAUGCGAUCAUGGGCGUGGACAAGGCCGGGCUGCAGCAGACGGCCCAUACAGUGCAGGGCCGGCUGGAGCAGGCUUGCCGCUGGCUGCAGAAUCCUGCCCGCGACGACCGGGGGCUGGGUGUGCGAGCGAUUGCCCUGAUCGUGGACGAGGGUCGGCGCGUUGCGGACGGACUGGGUGGGCAUCAGAAGGCGGAGAUGGCCCAGCUGUGCGAUGAGGUUGAGCAGCUGGCGCACGACUUUUCGCAGAUGUGCAACAAUGGUCUCGGCCAUACGCCCCAGGCGCAGGAGCUGGCACGCCGGCUGAACGAGAAGCUGCACGGGCUGAAGAAGCAGAUCCAGGACGCGGUGGUGAACCGCGUGGUCGAGGACUUUAUCGACAUCUCGACACCGCUGAAGCAGUUCAUGGAGGCGGUGGCGCAGCCGGAAGGAACGCCGGGACGGGAGCAAAACUUCAACCAGAAGUCGAACCGGCUGCAGGCGUUCAGCAACCGUGCGUCGAAGACGAGCCGCAUGGUGGCAGCGGGCGGUUCGGGUGGCAACAAGAAGCUGGCCGAGGGUCUGCUCGCGUCCGCCAACCAGAUCGACAGCUUGACGCCGCAGCUCGUGUCGGCCGGCCGGAUCCGGAUGAACUACCCGACCAGCAAAGCGGCCGAGGAGCACUUGAACAAUCUGAAGCAGCAGUACGCCGACACGAUCCUGCGUAUGCGUACGCUCUGCGACCAGGCGACGGAUCCGGCCGACUUCAUCGAAGCGUCCGAGAAGCAGAUGCAGAAACAUUCGUUCCUGUGCGACGACGCAAUCCGUACGCGCCAGCCACAGAAGAUGGUCGACAAUACGUCGAGCGAGGCGCGUCUCGCCAACCGUGUGCUGCUGGUGGCCAAACAGGAAGCGGACAACUCGGAGGAUCCGGAGUACAUUGACCGUCUGAAUGGAGCCUCGGAUCAGCUGCAGGCGUCGAUUUCGCCCAUGGUGCAGGAGGCAAAGAACGUUUCCACCAACAUUAGCGACCCGAUAGCGGCGUCGAACUGGCGCGAAGCAAACCGGGCACUGCUGCAGAGCGUCCGCAAUGUGCGCGGUGCUGUCACGCACGCGCCCACCGUACCGGAGAUGCCGGAUCUUUCGCAGCUGCAGCUGGGUGGCGGUUCGCACGAAGUCGUACCACCGCCGCGACCUCCGCUACCGCGCGAGAACGUCCCACCGAUGCGGCCACCACCGCCGGUUGCCGAGACGGACGACGAGGAUGACGUGUUCCAGGCGGGCAGCAUGCCCCACGCCAACCAGCCGAUCCUGAUGGCCGCCCACGGUCUGCACCAGGAGGUGCGCCAGUGGUCGUCCAAGGACAACGAGAUCAUUGCGGCGGCCAAGCGCAUGGCCGUGCUGAUGGCCCGUCUGUCCGAGCUGGUGCGAGCGGAUUCGAAGGGCAGCAAGCGAGAGCUGAUUGCAACGGCCAAGCAGAUCGCCGAGGCGUCGGAGGAUGUGACGCGCCUGGCGAAGCAGCUCGCCCGUCAGUGUACGGACAAGCGCAUCCGCACCAAUCUGCUGCAGGUGUGCGAACGUAUACCGACCAUCGGCACGCAGCUCAAGAUUCUGUCCACGGUGAAGGCCACCAUGCUCGGUGCGCAGGGCUCGGAGGAGGAUCGCGAAGCAACGGAGAUGCUCGUUGGAAACGCGCAGAAUCUCAUGCAGAGUGUCAAGGAAACGGUCCGAGCAGCUGAAGGUGCCAGCAUCAAGAUCCGAUCGGACCAAACCAACCAACGGCUACGCUGGGUACGUCGACAGCCCUGGUAUCAGUACUAAGGGAUCCUUUUCCCGAUCCCCGCACUAGCACCCCCUCUCGCCCCCCUCCGUAUCCGUUCAUCGUUGUCCCGUUACUGUUUUUGUGCAACUGUGUUCCCGCACGACCGAAUUCCGUGUCUUCCAUGUUGCGUUUUAUUUUUAAAUCUGUCCGUUGUCCCCUAAAACUCGUUGUGUGUUGCCCCCGUACGCAAGAAGUCGCAAAGCAGCUGAAAGUUUAAUUAUUUUAACAAGGUAAGCAAACGAAGUCGUAUAGAAAAGGAAGAAAAGAGAAACAAAAGCAAGAUGAACGCUGUGGCGGAUGAAGAAGAAGACGCACAAGAAUGUACGACAAAUCGCAAAGGGAUGGGAUGACGUGAGUGUAAGGAUGAACCUUAGCGAAAGGUUGAAGAAAUGUUGCCAAAUAUGUUAAGAAAAUGGGAUGUAAAAUGCUCUUACAAAGUGUACAAUGCCCAACUAGCUAGCCGGGAGGUUGGGGAGAGAGUUUUAUAACACGUUAUUGACGUAAAGUUUUUAUAUAGAAUCGCAAAACAAAGCAAUUACCGUAACAAGCUUUAAUAGAAACACACACACACAUGAAACAAACAGAAACAAAAGGUAAAAACCCAUUAUUAAACGUGGAUUGUUAAAAAGAAAGUGAAGAAACCAGAAGGACAACGAACCUACUCUUGCAAAGGCCAAGAUAUUUAUAAACAAGCAAACGGUUGAAUGAAGGUAAAGGCACGACGGACCGUCACGUGUUGAUGCAGAUGGAUUUUUAAACAAACGAACCUCCUUCCUAUAAUAACAGAGCGUUACUACCUUAAAUACUUAAUGUUAUAGAGCGCAUAUAGUGUGCGAAAGGCAGCAAAAAUACUCACCGCGAGUGUGUGAUUGUGAGUUAUUAAAUGUUGUGCUAAUUUUACUAAUUACUUACUGUAGAGCAAGCAGUAGAACGCUAGCAGUUACAAGUGCAAGUAAGCAACCCGUUAAUCCAGAAUGAAAAGGACAUGCAAUACUGUAAGAUGCAUACAAUGCAGGUGAGAGAGGGAGAGAGAAAGCGUUAGUUAUGUUGUUGUUAACACCGUUUGUUGUGCAAGCAGUUUGUUUGAAUUGUGAAACUUUGAAUUUGAACUAAUUGUGUAACACCAUCGCGACACGCGUGUUCACUGUUUGAUCGCUCUGUAAGUAGUGCAAUAAUUUGAAACGUAAGACAAACUAAAACAAAUGAAAACUAUUCUACUAGCAACCUUUUUAAACACUCACGCAGUAGUAACAAUCAUGUGUUUCGUUUUUCAAACUAGAGAGUAAGACUUCUUUCGGUAGUGAUUAAUCGUUAGUUACACACGUGUUACAGCUACUACGAGUGACAGCUAGUUCUUUCGUGUUAGGAUGUACUUUGUAUAACAACUCCAUUUUCUUAUACCGUUCUAAGUGUUUUGUGCCGAGUUGGGUUGAUGUUGAACUAAAACCAUCCCUCGUUUACCCAGACAGACAGACAAGAACAGUAGUUAACAUGUACCCGAACAUUGAUCGUACAAUUAAAGUCAAUCGACCGACCAACCAACCAACCAACCAACCAACCAAUCAUAACAAUAUGAUAGAACAGAAAAUAGUGUGCAAACAAGCGCCUGCCUCUAACAAUCAACGCAUUUUUGUAGAUGAAUUUAAGCCCGUACUGAUCCGAAGCAAUGCAAAAACAAAAGGAUGAGACGAAGGAAUGAUUAGCAGAGGGGACAUCCGCGAUACUGCAACCAGGGCAAGCUAAACACACGCACGCACCCUACCAUGGUUCUCCCCGUUGUGGUCAUUUGAUGGCAGCUGGAGAGGGAACGCGGCAGAAAGAUACGUAGAAGAACCUUUUGUAACCUUCAAACCUUCAAACGAAAGUGGAUAGAACUGUAACUAUAUAUAUUAACAAGUGCCUAUUUAUUGUUGUAAUACUGACGCAACACACAUUUGCAUUCUAUGUUCUCUUUUUCUACCAAUUGUUUUUAUUUCCUUUUUUCUUCAAGUUGUAGAAAUAUAUUUAAAAAAAAAGCUACUAACA